AGAGGAGGGCUCGCCGGAGCUGCCAUGUCCGCCAUCUUGGAGCGUCGGUGAUGGUGGCGAGCGGAGGUUUUCCCGCCUGAGCGGAGGCACCCGGGGCCUGUGGCGGGGGACGCGCUGCCGAGGAAGAAAUCUGCUUCAUCUAAUUCAAUGCUAAUUCAGUCCUGCUAAUCUGCUAGUACUGUAGAUUGAAAGAUUUUUUUGCUGUUGCCAGGAUACCCUGUAAUGGGCAAGAAGCCUGAGAGAAUACAAAACGUUCUGAUUUUUUAACUUAAAAACUUUUGUGUUUAACAGGACCUGGGCUCCUGUUGAGAAGUGAUGGAAUAAUCUGUGGCCGGCACCUGACAUGUUGAGGGAGCAGCCCCUAAAAGAGCUUGCCUGGGAGACACUUUGUGAAAUAACACAGUAACAUGUUUGCAGUAACCAGCAUGUUUUGGAAAUUUGAUCUCCAUUCGUCAUCGCACAUAGAUACACUUCUAGAGAGAGAAGAUGUAACACUGAAGGAAUUGAUGGAUGAAGAGGAUGUUCUACAGGAGUGCAAGGCUCAGAAUCGCAAACUUAUAGAGUUUCUGCUGAAGUCAGAAUGUUUGGAAGACUUAGUUUCAUUUAUUAUUGAAGAGCCACCUCAAGACAUGGAUGAAAAAAUUCGAUAUAAAUACCCAAACAUAUCAUGUGAGCUGCUUACAUCAGAUGUCUCACAGAUCAAUGAUAGGUUGGGAGAAGAAGAAUCCUUACUCCUGAAACUGUACAGCUUCCUCCUAAAUGAAUCUCCUCUAAACCCUCUACUGGCCAGUUUCUUCAGCAAGGUGUUAAGUAUUCUUAUCAGCAGAAAACCAGAACAGAUUGUGGAUUUUUUGAAGAGGAAACAUGAUUUUGUAGACCUCAUUAUUAAGCACAUAGGGACCUCUGCUAUCAUGGACUUGUUGCUCAGGCUACUGACUUGCAUAGAACCUCCACAGCCCCGGCAAGAAGUGCUAAAUUGGCUGAAUGAGGAGAGAAUUAUCCAGCGGCUUGUGGAAAUUGUACACCCAUCUCAAGAUGAAGAUAGGCAUUCAAAUGCAUCACAGUCACUCUGUGAAAUUAUUCGUCUAAGCAGAGACCAGAUGCUACAAGUACAGAACAGUUCAGAGCCAGAUCCCCUGCUUGCAAGUUUAGAGAAACAAGAAAUCAUAGAGCAGCUUCUGUCUAAUAUUUUUCAUAAAGAAAAAAAUGAAUCUGCAAUAGUCAGUGCAAUUCAAAUCCUAUUGACCUUACUUGAGACAAGACGACAGACAUUUGAAGGCCAUGUAGAGAUCUGUCCUCCAGGCAUGAGCAAUUCCACAUAUUCUGUCAACAAAAGUGUUUUAGAAGCCAUAAAAGCACGACUUUCGUCCUUCCAUGAGCUCCUACUUGAGCCUCCCAAAAAAAGCGUCAUGAAGACAACCUGGGGUGUACUGGAUCCACCUGUAGGAAACACUCGUCUAAAUGUGAUUAGAUUAAUAUCUAGCCUUUUACAGAUAAAUACAAGCAGUGUGAAUCAGGAGCUUAUAGAACUUAACAGCAUAGGAGUUAUACUGGACAUGUUUUUUAAGUAUACGUGGAAUAACUUUUUACAUACUCAAGUAGAAAUCUGUAUUGCGUUGAUUCUUGCAAGUCCUCUUGAAAACACGGAAAAUGGCACAAUUACAGAUCAGGAUUCCAAUGGGGACAAUCUCUUACUGAAACAUCUCUUCCUUAAGUGCCAAUUAAUAGAAAGAAUACUUGAAGCGUGGGAGAUGAAUGAGAAGAAACAGGCUGAAGGAGGAAGGAGGCACGGCUAUAUGGGUCACCUGACAAGGAUAGCAAACUGCAUCGUGCACAGUACAGAUAAGGGGCCAAACAGCACACUAGUCCAGCAGCUCAUCAAAGAGCUUCCAGAGGAGGUCAGAGAGCGAUGGGAAACAUUCUGCACAAGCUCUUUAGGAGAAACCAACAAGAGGAAUACAGUGGAUCUGGUUACUACCUGCCACAUUCAUUCUUCCAGUGAUGAUGAAAUAGACUUCAAAGAAACUGGCUUCUCACAGGAUUCUUCUUUGCAGCAGGCCUUUUCUGAUUAUCAGAUGCAACAAAUGACGUCCAAUUUUAUUGACCAGUUUGGCUUCAACGAUGAGAAGUUUGCUGAUCAAGAUGACAUUGGCAAUGUUUCUUUUGAUCGGGUUUCGGACAUCAACUUUACCCUCAAUACAAAUGAAAGUGGCAAUAUAGCCUUGUUUGAGGCUUGCUGUAAGGAGCGGAUACAGCAGUUUGAUGAUGGUGGCUCUGAUGAAGAAGACAUUUGGGAAGAAAAACACAUUGCAUUUGCACCAGAGUCCCAGAGGCGUUCCAGUUCGGGCAGUACAGACAGUGAAGAAAGUACAGAUUCUGAAGAAGAAGAUGGAACUAAACAAGACUUGUUUGAAUCCCACACCAAUACAGAAGACAAAAUGGAAGUAGACUUAAGUGAACCACCUAACUGGUCAGCAAACUUCGAUGUACCCAUGGAGACAGCACAUGGUGCCAGUCUGGAUUCUGUUGGCUCUGCUGUGUGGAGUACUGGAGCACCAGUGCCAGCUAAAGAAACUGGCUGGGCUUCCUUUUCUGACUUCACAUCCUCUUUGAGCUCAAAAGACUCCUUAAGAAGUAAUUCUCCUGUGGAAAUGGAAACAAACACAGAUGCAGGUGAUCCCUUGAGUGCAAACGCAACUACUCUUACAACACCGCUGGAGACCCCAGCAAGUGUUGCUAUGGAGGCCAGCUCAGAUGGAGAGGAUGAUGUGGAAAACACAGACAAGGUAACCGAGACAGUCAUGAAUGGCAGCAUGAAGGAGACACUGAGCCUAACUGUAGAUGCAAAAACUGAAACUGCCGUUUUCAAAAGUGAGGAAGGAAAAUUGACUACCUCGCAGGAUCCUUCUUGUAAAUAUGUAGUAGAAGAGAAUACAGAGGUUGCAGAAGAGGUCCCUUCAGGUCUUCAGCCUGCUAACAGCAGUCCAGAACAGAGGACUGAUCAGCACACCCAUUUAGGAGAGGCAUCUGUUAAUGGCCCUGUAUGAUAUGUGAUGUCUACUACCUUGGCUGAAGAGAAAGAACUGAUGUCCAGGUGUUUGAGUGUUUCUUGAGGAUAUCAUCUAGACCCUGUUGAAGCCAGUCACUGCUGCACUAAUUUCGCAAGGAAUCAGGACCAGCAACAUUUAUAUUCUAGAUUUUAAGACAUUGUACAGAAAUUCAUAAGUGUAAAAAUAUUGCACAUUGAGAAAUACCAAUAAUUUUUGCGUAUGUUUAUAUUGUAUUGUUCUAAAUAACGGGGGGCCUGUGAAAUAAGAUCCUGCUACCCAUGUAAUGAUGACAGUAGUGUUACUAUAGUUAAAAUGGCUGUAAGAAUAGUUUUAUAAAAAAGUGAAUACAAAAAUCUAAUGUAUUUGAGACAUAACUAUUUGACGAUUAGUGUGACCAAAGUAUUUAGGAGUUUUCUUACAUUUUUCACCUUGUAAAAAAGAAAAAGAAAAUUCAUGUUUUUUCUGAAACUGAAAUGCCCUAUAAAUGUUAUUUUGGUUGGUUUAGCUUACAAAAGUGAUUUAAAUAAGAAUUUUUUGGUGUUCAACAUUUUACAACAGGUUUUUUAAUUGGUAAUUGUUUUCUGUAUUGUUCAAAACAGAUCAAAAAAUGUAAGUCUAUUGGUAGAGAUUUUAAGUAUUUAUUGCAACAGCUUAGUUGACAAAUUGAUGUUACUGUAAAGCCAUAUGUUCUGUUAAGUCUAGUUUGCUUGAAACAAUACCUUCCAGGUGAAACACUAGAAUAUUUGGAGUGCACAUGGCUUGUUGUGUUUAAGUGGUUCACCUGCCUUUAAACAGUUCACCAAGAUUUAGUUUAAUACCAAGCAUUAUACAAUGGAACAUUUCAGAACAAUCUGCGUAUUUAAAACGCUAUAAUCCUUUUAGACAAGUCAAGUAAAAGAAGUGCUCAUGCUGCUAAUGUAAUUACAGUACCUGCAUUUUAAAAGUUAAAUAGUGUUUUUAAUACAAAUUUUGGCAGCAGAGCGUAUUAAUUGGUAAUUUCACUGUACUGAUCUGUGUGAGGCUUUCAUUUGUAUGUUCUAAACCAGUUUUUUCACAGCUGGUUUGUGUAUAUAUAUAGUGAUUAUGGAAACUAAUUCUGUGUAAUUUAUAAUUUUCUAUGUCAGUGUAAAAUUCCAACAGCCUUCUCAAACAAACAGAAGCAAUAUACUGUAUAUUGCCACAUUGUCUGGUGAAAGGGUUAAAAUACUCCUGCACUUUUAGACGCAAAACCAUUUUUGUUUCUGUAAUAGUCAUAUUCAUUUAUUUUUACAUCAUUUGUUUUCCUGACCAGUAUUUAAAGCCAAAAGGAUAUUCUAAACAAUGGCCAAUGAUUUCUUUUAGAAGGCGUCCCAAACAACGUGCCUAAACAUUACAUUGCAUACAGAAAUAAAAAACCCACAUGUA